GGCUGUAAUACCUACUCUCGUCGGAUCCAUUCAACACACAACUUCAGCCAGCUGAACAGACUCACACUGCUACAGCAAGCACAUCUUGCUAACCUAAUUCAGAAAACAAGUGCUACAGCUCUAUGAAUAUCUUCUUUGCACAGUGUAGCAUUUUCAGGUGAUCUGGGAAACUGAGAAAGGCUCUUAGAAGCAAAUAAAAGAAUCAAGAAUCAUAAUGGAGAUAUAUUUAACAAAUCAAGUACUGGAUCAAACUUAAAGCCAGUUUCUUAUUCAUCAUAGUGAAAAGGUCACCUUGCCUCGCUGGAAGAGAAGCAGAAUAUCAGCUUUGUUGCAUACUUUCAAAUUCUUGGCAUCCAUUCUAUUUUUCUUAAUGAUUUUACCUAUGUAGGCUAUAUAGCUACACAGACAGACAUACGGUCCUCAUGGUAGAUGACAAGGGAAAGAACAUGAAAUGUCUCACCUUUUUUUUGAUGCUUCCAGAAACUGUCAAGAACAGGUCCAAGAAAAGCUCCAAGAAGGCAAAUACCAGCAACAGCAGCAAGUUGCCACCAGUUUGCUAUGAAAUCAUUACCUUGAAGACCAAAAAAAAGAAGAAGAUGGCUGCUGAUAUUUUUCCCCGUAAGAAGCCAGCCAACUCCGGUACAACUACUGUCCAGCAGUACCACCAGCAGAAUCUCAAUAACAAUAAUACUAUCCCGGCCCCUAAUUGGCAAGGGCUUUACCCCACCAUCAGAGAAAGAAAUGCGGUGAUGUUCAACAAUGAUUUGAUGGCAGAUGUUCAUUUUGUGGUUGGGCCACCAGGUGGGACACAGCGGUUGCCAGGACACAAAUAUGUUUUAGCUGUUGGGAGCUCUGUAUUCCAUGCAAUGUUUUAUGGAGAGCUUGCUGAGGACAAAGAUGAAAUCCGUAUACCAGAUGUCGAACCUGCUGCUUUUCUCGCUAUGCUGAAAUACAUCUAUUGCGAUGAAAUUGACUUGGCUGCUGACACAGUGCUCGCUACCCUGUAUGCUGCCAAAAAGUACAUUGUCCCUCACCUCGCUCGUGCCUGCGUCAAUUUCCUAGAGACCAGUCUGAGUGCGAAGAACGCUUGUGUGCUGCUUUCCCAGAGCUGCCUCUUUGAAGAGCCCGACCUGACCCAGCGUUGCUGGGAGGUGAUCGAUGCCCAGGCUGAGCUAGCACUUAAGUCUGAGGGAUUCUGUGAUAUUGAUUUCCAAACAUUAGAGAGUAUCCUCCGCAGGGAGACCCUGAAUGCCAAAGAGAUUGUUGUUUUUGAGGCUGCUCUCAAUUGGGCUGAAGUUGAGUGUCAGCGCCAAGAGCUGUCACUGAGCAUUGAAAAUAAACGGAAGGUCCUCGGAAAGGCGCUGUACUUGAUCCGAAUUCCCACCAUGGCCCUUGAUGACUUUGCAAAUGGUGCCGCCCAGUCUGGAGUUUUGACUCUGAAUGAGACCAAUGAUAUCUUUCUUUGGUACACAGCAGCCAAAAAGCCUGAGCUGGAGUUUGUGAGCAAUGCCCGCAAGGGUCUUGUCCCGCAGCGCUGCCACCGCUUCCAGUCCUGUGCCUACCGGAGCAACCAGUGGCGGUACCGGGGUCGGUGUGACAGCAUUCAGUUUGCUGUGGACAAAAGGGUCUUCAUCGCCGGCUUUGGCCUCUACGGCUCCAGUUGUGGUUCAGCAGAAUACAGUGCCAAGAUCGAACUCAAACGCCAGGGUGUCAUCCUGGGACAGAACUUGAGCAAGUAUUUCUCAGAUGGAUCCAGCAACACUUUCCCAGUGUGGUUUGAGUAUCCUGUGCAGAUUGAGCCAGACACCUUUUACACAGCCAGUGUGAUUUUGGAUGGCAAUGAGCUGAGCUACUUUGGACAGGAAGGAAUGACAGAGGUUCAGUGUGGCAAAGUGACUGUCCAGUUUCAGUGCUCUUCAGACAGUACCAAUGGUACUGGUGUGCAGGGAGGACAAAUUCCUGAACUUAUAUUUUAUGCUUAAAAAAUCAUUUCCAAAAGAAAAUGUGAUCUGUGAAGUGCAUAUCUGGUUCAGACAUGUUGAUGCUUUGCUUAUCUGCAGAUAGGUGAUCAGUACAGGUAAUUGUAAUUAAUAAUGCUAUGGGCAGUUCAUAAUUACUUUUUAGCCUACAAUGCAGCUUUACACAACUAACUAGAUGCUCAAAAGAGCCAAGUUCUGAUUAAGGCUAUGUUAUUUUAAGAGUUGCGUCUAUAUACUAAGAAAAAUUGUGUACAUUUUCUUUACUAGUUUUGUCUAGUUAACAGCCUUUCUAUAAUUGUCUUAAAUUUCCCUUUGGGCUUUAUUUUGAUCAUAGUGUAAAUAUGUAGUAUAAAAAAAGGGUGAGGGGUUAUUUUAUUUUUAAAACUCAAGAAAAAAUUGACUAGUUUGGAAGGAAGUUCUUUUACCUACAAGUAGUAGUUUUGAGUUUGGUUGAAUAUAUAGCAAGGGGUAAUAAUCACUUUUAACUUUUAUUCCUUUUCUCUGCUUUUCAGCUUUUGCUUUGUACUUGCUACGUGAAUUAAUUGGACUGGUACAUGUUAAGCUAAAGGUAGCAAUUUCCCUGGAGGUGUCAAUGAAAAAUUGAAAGGCUGGAUUUUUUUAAAGGAACUCCUUGAGAACAAUUAACUUAUUUUUCUUUAAUCUAGAAGGACAGAAUUUUGAAGCAUAUGUAUUUCUUUUGGAAGUAACUUCAAAAUCAUAGUAUUCGUUCAUAACAGAAAAGGGCUGCAGGCUUGUCACUUAUUCGAAAGAAGAGGAAUCUUAAAGUUACAAAAUUGAUGACAUGUUAAAAUUCACAAUUUGGAGGGAAAAAAAAAGCUAGAGCUUUUCCCACUAUAUAGCUCUUCAUACAAAAUAGUUGCUUGUCUAGAUCAUUUACUAUACACUAUUAUCAUUCCAUAUUCUCCCUUAAAAGAGGGCCAUAUAAUUGUUUAGAUUGGUUGAAUGCCAAUUAGUUAACAGAGCACUGCAUAGAACAGUAAGGUUUACUUCGUUUUACCUAAUAUAUGCUUUGAACAUAUGAUAAUAGAUCCAUCAGUGAUAAAUUCUUUAAAAUUCCUAGAUGUCUAGAAUAGUGCCCUCUGGCCACCCUAAAGUGGCAUUAUAUACCUGCAGAAAAUAGAAUAUGGUCUGGAGGGAUUAAAGUAGAUUAUACUUAAUAUCCAAAAUAUCAGCAUUGUAUCAGGCUUUCUCAUGUGCUCUCUGCACAACAUAAAAAAAGGGAAUAUCUGCUUUACAAGAAAUAAUCUCCCUUAUAAGAUGAUUUGUGGCAGUUUGGUACCUACAUUAUUGGUAAUGUUCAAUACAGUUGACCUCCUGACUAUUUGCAUGUGAAUUAUCCAUGCACUCCUGGGUUGCUUUCCUGCCCAGUAUGAUCCUGAGAUGGCUUCCCCCCCGCCACCCAGAGUGCGGCUUUUGGCUGCCUCCUUCCCCUUGCUCAGCACAGUCCUAGACUGGCUUUUUGAAGCUAGGGGUUAGUAUUGGGGUGUGUGCGCGUGUGUGUGUUUGCACACUCAGGAAUUUACUUCUUUCCCUGUCUGCCAGCUAGGCAGUGGAACAGAAAUUAUUCCUCCGUUCAGCCUAGUAUGGUCCUAGGCAGUUUUCCUUUACCCUCUUUAAUGUGCUACCAGGCCACUUUCUUCCCUCUACCUAAUAAAAAGCAGGGAUGGCUUUCUCAUUACCUAAUCUAAUAGAGGGGACAGUGAAUUGUCUGAGAUUUCAGAAUCUUCUGCGCUGCUGUCCCCAUCCGUACAAUCAAGAGUUUCUGUCACUGGUAAUUAGAGAAUACCCCCAGGACAGCUUUCCAAGAGCUUUAACAAUAAUAUGAUAUUGUAGAGAUUGUGGAUAGGGAGAAGAGCCAAACUACUAAUGAAAUAAAGGUAAAUAUUCCCUAGAAAACUACUGCAGAUUAUUCUUUAUAUAGUUAAAAUUGCCUGUUAUUCUUUGCCACCACAAAACAAGUACCAAAAAAAUGAGCCUGAUUAGGCUUCGUGUAUUCUUUUAUAAACAGCAAAGUAUUAGAAAUUAGGAAAAUGGCAUUGCACCAAGUAGUUGAGGUAGAGGUGAUGACCUUAUUCUGAUGUACACUCAGUUCAGUGAGUCACUGUCCAUGCUGUUCUUAAAUAGCGAUAUUCUUGGUGGUUUAAGAAUUAAGAUGAUGACAGCCAGCUAGAAUAAUGCCCCUUUUAUGUCUGCCAGUAAACUCAUUCUCGUUUUACAUUUACCUUCCAUUCCUUUUUUAAAGUGCUGGUCUACCAUGUGAUGAGGUUAGGCAGAUAUUCUUGAGUUAAAGUUGGAUACCCUACUUACAGUGGAAAACUUGAUUUUAAAUCUGUUACCCCUUCAAUAUUUUAGACAAAGUGGAAUGAAAACUGAUGUGCUUGCUUUAGCUUUUCUGAAUAUAUUCUUGGUAGUUAUAGGUUAUGAAACUAGACCAUAUUUCUAACAAACCAGGCAACUUUGGUAUAUAAACACAACUUCAAUAAACAGAACAUGCUGUAGAUGCUAUUUUUAAAUGUACCUGCAGUCUUUGUAUUUCAAUGUUAAUUCUGAGGAUAGAAGGAAACUAGGAUAGCAUUCUAAUGUAACAUUCUUUAUAUCUUAAAUAGUAUUUAAGUAAAUGGUUUAAUUUCUACAUAAUUAUUGCACUGAAUUUUUUUAAGUUGCUUAAGCUAAGCUAAUUUCAGAUCACAGCAGCCAGUUGUGCUUCAGGGUGCUUGAAUUUAGCAGGCUUAUAGCAUUAUUUAUGAAGGACAAAUAUAUAAAUAUGAAGUACCUCAUGUUGAAUGUUUAUUGUACUGUAUCUUUAAUGUAACAGUGCAGAUCUUGUUAGACACAUGAAUGUGUAUAAUCAUGUUAAAUACAAAUAAACAUAAAACUGGUUCAUAGA